AUUGGAUUUGGGUAUAUAGCAAUUAUAAUCUCAAUUCACAAAGACUAAUGAAUCACGUGAAUCAGGACAUGCAAAGCGCAGUCGAAUGCUGGAAAAAGAAAUGAAUAAAAUCAGAAUGGGUUUAACGUUGAUAGCUUAGAAUAUAGUAAACGCUGCUGUCCUUCAAGAUCUGAAUCAUAUAUUAACUAUGUUAUCAUCUACCGUUCUAUUCUAAAUAGAAAAAUAAAUAAAUAACAAGAAUGGGUACUGUACAGUGAAGAUGGUGAUUUAAUGUACCUCGUUAAGAAGGAAGAAAAAACAAUCUCAAGUGAUCACAGAAAAGUUGACUUUCUAGAGCAGCAAUAUGUGGAAGCUGGAGAUAGCUGAAGGCAAUGGUCCAUGGCUGCUUAGCACUAACAAUUUCGUCGGCAGACAGAUUUGGAAGUUCGACAAUGAAGCUUCCUCAAUAUCAAAUGGACAAGGAACCCAAACCCAAUAUUUUCAACCCAAUUUCAACUCACAUCGGCAUCGUGUUAGACCAAGCAGCGACAUGCUUAAGAAUUUUCAGCUGAUCAAAGAAAACAACGUAGAUUUAAGCAUUGAACCAGUGAGAUUUGAAGAAGAUGAAGUGGUGAAAAAUGAAAAAGCCGAAAUUGCUUUAAGGAAAGCAUUUCGAUUCCUUUCAGCUACCCAAGCUUGUGAUGGACAUUGGCCUUCAGAAAAUUCAGGCCCAUUGUUUUGCUUACCUCCUUUGGUUAUGGUGUUGUACCUUACUGGAACAACUGAUAUAGUUCUAUCUUCAGAACACAAGAGGGAGAUUCUACGUUAUAUUUAUAAUCAUCAAAAUAAAGAUGGAGGAUGGGGUUUCCAUAUAGAAGGACAUAGCAUCAUGAUGAACACGACCCUGAAUUAUGUUGCUCUCCGUUUGCUCGGGGAAGGAACUGAUGGCGGCAAAGAUGGAGCUGUUGAGAAGGCUCGGAAUUGGAUACUUGAUCAUGGUGGCGCAACGAUGGUACCCUCAUGGGGCAAAGCUUAUCUUUCGGUACUAGGAUUAUAUGAAUGGUCAGGGUGCAACCCAAUGCCCCCAGAACUAUGGCUUCUCCCUUCAUAUCUUCCUUUGGGACCAAGUAAGCUAUGGUCUUACAUGCGCAAUUUUUUUGCACCACUGUCUUACUUUUAUGGGAAGAAAUUCGUGGGUCCGAUAAGUGAGCUAAUUGUGUCAUUGAGGGAUGAAAUUUAUAACCAAUCAUAUGAUACGAUAGAUUGGAAUAAAGCUCGCCACUUGUGUUCAGAGGAAGACGUGUAUUUGCCAUUUCCCAGGGUGCAAAUUCUUCUUUGGGACUAUCUUUAUUACAUUGUCGAGCCGGUUCUAAAUUGCUGGCCGUUCUCCAUGUUAAGAGAGAAAGCUCUUCAGAUAGCUAUGAAAGUAGUUCACUAUGAGGAUGAAAAUACUCGAUUCUUAACUCAAGGAAGCACCCAAAAGGUUCUGAAUAUGAUGGCCUGUUGGGCAGAGGAUCCAAAUCCAACUUCAGAUUCACUACAAUUUCACCUGGCAAGAGUUCCAGAUUUCUUAUGGUUAGCUGAAGAUGGAAUGAAAAUGCAGUUAAACGGUGGUAGCCAGUUCUGGGAUGCCGUUUUGGCUACUCAAGCAAUCAUCUCAAGUAAUCUAACCGAUGAAUAUGGUUCAACUCUCAGAAAAGCAAAUGAGUUCAUAAAAAUGUCACAGAUUCUAGAAAAUCCAUCAGGUGACUUUCAAAGUAUGCACCGCCAUGCAAGUAAAGGAGGUUGGCCUUUCUCUAUUCCAGAUGAGGGAUGGCAAACCUCAGAUGGCAUAGCUGAAGCUUUGAAGGCAAUACUCUUACUCUCACAGAUGCCACCAGAAAUCGUAGGCGAAACAAUUGAAGUAGAGCGAUUGUAUAAUGCUGUAAAUGCCCUCUUGUCAUUACAGAGCAAAAAUGGUGGUUUUACUGCCUGGGAGCCAGUAAGAGGACCUCAAUGGAUGCAGAAGAUAAAUCCGACUGAACUGUUUGCUGCUGCAGCAAUUGAGCGUGAGUAUGUUGAAUGCACUUCAUCAGCCAUCCAAGCUCUUGUGUUGCUCUCUCAUUUAUAUCCUCAAUACCAAAAGAAAGAAAUCAAAACUGCUGUGGCUAAGGCAGUACAAUUUGUUGAAGGUUCACAAAUGGCAGAUGGUUCUUGGUAUGGAAACUGGGGGAUUUGCUAUACAUAUGGCACAUAUUUUGCUUUAGCAGGGCUAUCAGCUGUCGGUAAGACUUGUCAGAACAGCCAAAUUGUCCAUAGAGCUUGUCAAUUUUUGCUUUCAAAACAGCAAGAGUCUGGUGGAUGGGGAGAAAGCUACUCAUCAUGCCCUAAUAUGGAAUAUAGACAUUUAGCUGAAGGGAGCUGGUCACAUCUUGUGCAAACUUCAUGGGCAAUGAUGGGUCUGAUUCAUGCAGGACAGGCUGAUGUCGAUCCGGAACCUUUACAUAAAGCAGCAAGACUAUUGAUUAACUCACAAAUGGAAAGUGGUGAAUUUCCUCAGCAGGAACUGACAGGGUUCUGCUUGAGGACUUGUAUGAUACACUAUGCUGCAUACAGAAAUAUAUUCCCAUUAUGGGCUCUAGGCGAAUAUCGUAGGCAUGUGCUUUUGCCUUCAUAAGCGAUAUAGGUUCUCAGAGGAUCUAGGAAUUAUCAAUACCGUUAAUUGAUGCUUACUUAGUAUUUUUUUCUCUAAUCAAUUCAAAUAGUUUUCAGCCCUUUUGGUGUUGUAAAUAUGAUUCCUCCAAUAAACUUGUAAACAUUAUGCUGAUCUCAGUAACUCAGGCUUAUUUAAAGGGUAUAAGAAAGAAACUAAGUGAGUAGAUAUUGUAAAAGGAAAUACCAUAUUCAAGGUGUAAAACUCGCAAACAAAUGAAAAUAUAUGCAUAGUUCAAUUGA